AUGAACAAAGUUCUAUUAAAAAAUGCAAAAGAUACCAAUAUGCUUUCAUUACAAAGUUACUCGAGAUUUAUUAACCAUAGGCCAUGGAUUCAAGUAUUUCAUAAGAUUGAAAUUCAAAUACCUCCAGAUUCGUUCAAGUGUAGUUCUUUGGAAUUCAAGAAACAAGGCAAAUUGUUCAUUUUUACAAGACAUUACAUCAAGAAAUCGUACAUAAAACCUAUGCACAAUCCUAAACCUAAUGGCUACCAUUUUGGUGCUUCCAUCUCCACUGAUUCAUAUCUACAGUUAAAACUUCAUGCCUCACCUUCGAAUGUCUCAAUCAUAUUCACGUGCUUCCUCUUAACUUGUCCAAAACCGAUCAACCAUGGUCAUAUACCGAAACAGCCCUGCUUCAAUCAAUUAACACAGGCUCACAAGAAUGCCAUGAGCAUGCCUUGCUGCAAACACAGGAAAAGAAAAGUGAGCAAGUUCACACAAUAG